AUGAUCAAGUCGUGGCUUGGUGUAGUGUGCUACACUGCACUGGUUCUUGGUGGCAACCUUGCUAUUGCUGACGAAUGGGACGCCCAAGUCGAAGAGAUCAUGGCCAACUUCACUACUCUCGACAUCGUGGGCCAGAUGACCCAGAUCUCCGCUUACACACUGAUCGACUACUACGGAGACCUCAUAUUCAGUCGAGAAAACAUGCUCCCAUACGCCAAGCUUCACGUGGGCUCAUACUUGAGUCCUCCCAUGUCAGUCAUGGGGCAACUGAACGGAUCCUGGGGCUGGAACACUUCUACGAUGCGCGAGUUCGUCACCAGCGUCCAGGAACUCGCAAUGGAAGAGAACGGAGGACAUCCUAUCCUCUACGGCACGGACUCUGUUCACGGCAAUGCCUUUAUGUUGGACACGGUUUACUUCAGCCACCAAAUCAACGGAGGUGCCUCGUUCAACCCGGACUUGGUCUAUGAGCAAGGCCGAGUCACCGCUCGCGACACGUUGGCUGCUGGAAUACCCUGGUCCUUCGCUCCUAUUCUCGACAUCUCGCACAAUCCGUUGUGGCCGAGAACCCACGAGACGUUCGGCGAAGACCCGUAUCUUGCUUCAGUCAUGAGCGAUGCCAUUGUCCGUGGGAUGCAAAGUAUCAACCAUACCGCUGCGUGCAUGAAGCACUGGAUUGGGUACUCUUGGACCCCCACGGGCCACGAUAAGGAUGGGGUUACUAUAUCGGACUUCGAUCUACUCAACACCUUCGUCCCAUCAUUCAAAGCUGCGGUGGAUGCCGGCAUCAUGACUGGAAUGGAGAACUACAUCUCCGUCAACGGUGUCCCAAUGGUCGAAAACACCAAGUUACUCAAAGACUUGCUUCGAAAGGACCUCGGUUUCGACGGCAUGAUGGUGACUGACUACAAUGAGACCAAUGCUCUUCAUAACUUCCAUCGUACUGCUCGAACAACUGCAGAAGCUACCAAGAUGGUUCUUGAACGGACGUCGAUCGAUAUGAGUAUGGUGGGGUCUGAGUUCACCUUCACGAACGGCACAAACGCUCUGAUCGAAGAGGAACCGGAGAUCAUGGACCGUCUCAAAGAAUCCGUGCGUCGUAUCAUCAAGCUAAAGCUCAAGUUGGGUCUGUACGACAACCCGGUGCCUGGUGAAGAGUAUCUGGAUUUGGUGGGUAACGAUGACGACGUGGCUGCUGCGCUUGAGUUGGCUCGAGAGUCAAUCACUUUGCUGCAGAACAACGACAGCGUACUACCCAUUCCAGCUGGUGCAUCGGUGUUCUUAACUGGCCACUCUGCAGACAACAUCGGUUAUCAAUGUGGAGGCUGGACAGUUCAAGCAAAGGGUGUGUCUGGCAACGACAUGUUCGCGCACGGAUCGUCAGUAAAGCAAGCCUUCGAGAAGAUCGCUACAAGUGGUUCAGUCACCUACUUCAACGGGUUGAACGUCACUGGAAGCUACACGGACGAAGACCUCGCAACAGCUAAGGAAUAUGCUUCCAAAGCUGAGUACACCAUCGCUGUUAUCGGUGAGGAUACGUACGUCGAAAAAGCUGGCGAUCUCGACGAUCUGACACUACCUGAAGGCCAAAUUGAGUACGUGAAGGCGUUGGCUUCGACGGGCUCCAAGGUCAUUGUAGUGCUCUUCGAGGGCCGUCCACGCUUGCUUGGUGAUCUUCCACAACAUGUACACGCCGUGAUUAACGGGUUUCUUCCUUGUACGCUCGGUGGCCAGGCAACAGCAGAAAUUAUCUACGGAGAGGUGAAUCCCAGUGGACGUCUGCCAAUCUCGUAUCCGAAGCACUCCGGCAACGUCAUGAUCCCGUACAGGCACCGCGUGAGUACAAAAUGCGCUUCGGGUGACUAUUGUGAGUACCAAUGGGAUUUUGGCUCCGGCUUGAGCUACACGAACUUCACCUACUCGGGUCUGACUCUGAGCAAGACCAACGUGACGUCCAGCUCUGAUUGCAUUAAUGUGUCCGUCACGGUGACGAACUCUGGUCAUCUGGCAGGCAAGGAGACCGUGAUGCUGUUCCUGACUCAACCGUACCGUUCGCUGUCGGUACCGGAAGCGAAGCAGCUCAAGAAGUUCUCGAAGAUCAGUCUGGACGCAGGAGCAUCGCAGACCGUGGCUUUCCAGCUGACGGCAGCGGAUUGGAGUGUGUAUUACCCUCAGAUUGGUAAAGGCCUGAAACUCGUUGCAGAGGAUACUGACUACGUGAUCGCCAUCAAACCCGAGACGGACUGCGACGUGUACAACGAGCUUGCAGAGGAUAACCCGCUAUGUGCGAAGUUCACGCUUGCCACUGGUGAAUACCCGUUCGGUUCGCUGGUAUCCGAGUAGCUUUUGAAGAAGAAAAACGUUGUGUUUAGCUUACGAGUCUCAGUAAUGAGUCUUGUAGCUACAAAGUAAGAGAACAAUCCAAUGUCACGUCUUGAAGACCUUGUCGAACCAUAAAUCGGAUCCACUUGGUCGCUGACAGUGUGUUUUAAACAGAU